AGAAAGGUUUUGAAAAUUUCACACUUGGAAAUUUUGAAAUUUACCUUUACAAUUUAUAGAAAAAAAUUCUUCUCCAAUUUGCUUGUUUGAUACAGAAAAAAAAUUUCAAGUGGUUAUUGGCUUUAAUAUUAUAUGUUCAAUCCAAGAAAUAACAAUAUGAAAAGUUUUAAUGAUAAAAUAAUCAAGUUUUUUCAAAUUUCAUUUCAGAAAGCAUCCAAAGGAUUGACAACCAAAUAGAAACACACGAAUUUGUAGUGCUCAUUUCAUCAAUCAUCAGAAGUCAAAAAACCCUUCACAUCCGUCUUACAUACCGACAAUUUUUCUGGGCAAAGAAAAUACCAAAAAAUGUAUUCAAUCUCUUCAACGGUUUGAACGAUCAAAGCAACUAGAAUCUAAGAAGAAAAUGACUCAUAAUAACAAUAAUGAGGGGAUUAAUAUUGGUGAUGAAACUGUCAUUGCAGUUGGUGAUCAUCAUAAUUCUAUCGAAAUUGGAGUACAGAAUUCGGAAACUUAUGUUUCUCAUACUACUCUCCAAGCAGCAAGUCGUAGUGUAACCUGUCAAACUGAUGAACUGAUUUGUGAAAAUAUUGUAGAUGAUCAUACGUUUUUUUUUUGUAAUAUUAAUACUUGUGACGAUGUUAGUACGUACAGCAGAAGUGCAAGUAAAUAUUCUAAUUGAAAAAACUGCGGAGAAGAUGUGUAUUUUAUAAUUUUCUGCAUUUUUUCCAACUUGUAUCACCUAUUUCAAAUACUGUUUACAUCACUCUGCUUUCCUAACUUGUCACUAGGGCACUCUACUUUCGACAAUAGUGCUGCCUCUAUAGUUCUUACUCUAUACUAUACUGGAACGCGCGCGAUAGGAGUGGGGGCAGUGAGAAAGAGAUAGUGUGGUUGGGGUAUGUCCGCUUGUGUCACACGCACAUCUACUUUCUGAACCAGAAACAUCGGUCGAAAAUAUGCAUCGUUAUCAUUGAACUCCAGUAUUUAUAAAAUUUAGUGAUCAUAGAAAUAGAUUGUACCGUACGUAUGUAUGUACGUACUACACACAUCAAUAAUGGCGAAUCAAAAUUUGCAGUAAAUAUGCAUAAAUUUUAAAAUGGCGCUGUGUAAUGUCCAGCGUAGCAUAUACAAAAACUGCUACAGAAAUUUUGGAAAAAGCGAUGUUGAAUAUGUGAAUUCUUCAUCCCUUUUUCCAAGUGAGAAAGAUGUGGUCGCGAUUCCGUAUAGUAGGAACGCGGUAAAGCUCGCACAUGCACAGAACUGAAAUCGGCCGUGAUUGGCGCUGCCUAGUGGUAGCACUGCGCAGAAGAGAUUUCGGAUCACGCCGCCGACGCAAUGCAACAUACAACCGAUUUCAUCAGUUUUUAUCAAACAACCAUGAUAGCCGAUAACGAAUGCAAUACCCAGAAGAGGCGCAGUAAGGGGCCGCGCCGCUCAUAUUCAGAGGUGGCAGUCGAGGUGGCUGCCCCCUCCCCCACCCCGCCGCAGGAACAGGCUGUGGUGCCACCACAGCGAAACAUCACCGCUGGAGAACUACUCAGAGAGUUGAUGGCGCUGAGGGCUGCUGUGGCAGAGUUGCAGCGGCAGCAGCAGCCACCGCAGCCCGCUGCGGACAACGUGCAGCCGGAGCCGGCACGGGCGAAACCCAAGGGCGGCGACGGCACAGCACAGAAGAAGCGGCGGAACAACCGCCGCCGCCGAGGGGGCAACCGGGCACCCGCCAUCUACCACUAUUACUACCGUUAGUAAUAUUGGUAGAUGGCGGGCCGGCGACGCUGCCCCUUAUUAAUAAAUAAAUAUAUUUAAAAAAAUAUACUGCUUGUAUUGGUUCUUUUCCUUCCACCACAA